CGAUUACGGCAACCGCGCUCAAACAUAUAAUAAAAAACGGAUGCCGCAAAAUGAGACGCCAUUGUUGAUAAGACAAGAAGACAAGACACAAGAGAACAGUGUAGUACUGCAAAUAUGGAGAAAAUACACGCCGAAACCUUUUGGGAUUUUAAAGGAGAAGAAUACAGCGAUAAUAAGUUCCUAAUGGCCACCCCGUACCCGGUAGCUGCAAUACUAGCGGUGUACCUCUGGUUUGUCUUGAAAUUCGGUCCGCAAUACAUGAAGGAUAGGCAGCCAUACAACUUGAAAGCUUGGCUAUUGUUCUACAAUGCAGCUCAAGUCGUUAUUUCUGUGAUUCUCGUCGUUUUGGGUAGCCGGUACAUAUGGCGAUAUGGUUUAUGGCAUACAACUUGCUACUGUGAACGGGAUGGCCUGAGAGAACAGCUUCUCGAUGGCAGUCACUAUUACUUCUUAACGAAAGUGUUAGAACUAACAGACACAAUAUGCUUCGUUCUUCGCAAACGACAGAGGCAGGUGACCUUCCUCCACGUCUACCACCAUUCCAUAAUGGUGAUGGCUACCUGGGCCAUCGUCAAGUACUCCAGAACCGAUAACACGGUGUUUUUAGGAGUGAUCAACUCUCUAGUCCAUGUGGUCAUGUAUGCCUACUACGGUCUUUCGGUCUUCCCGGAGCUCCACAGGUUCUUAUGGUGGAAAAAGUAUAUCACACAAAUGCAGUUGGUACAGUUUUCCCUCAUGUUCCUCCACAUUGUAGUCGGCCACGCGAUAUCGGAGUGCCGCCCCGCCUACAUCCUCCUAGUCUCCGUUUGCUUCAACACCGUCCUCUUCAUGUACCUCUUUGGAGAUUUUUACGUAAAAUCCUACGUUAAGAAAUACACUAAUAUGAGUAUAGUAAAUGCUGGUAAAAAGAUUGGUUCCAACAUUGGUUCCAACAUCGGCAGUAAGAACGGCAUUAAAUACAUAGUAGACCAACAUAUUUUGGCCAGCAAAAUUCAUUAAUACGUCCAUUCUUUUAUUGUAGGACUUUGAUUUUUUUAAAGGUAAGAUGCAGGCGCCUAUUUUGGCCCACCUUAUUUUAAAAUCUUGCAGAUAAAUAAAGUAGAAAGAAGAACACAUUGGAAUUUGUAAUACAUUUUUAAAACUUUUCUCCAUUAAUUUACGUGAGUAAACCGUAAUUUUUAGUUAAUUUAGUAUGUCUGACGAUAAUUUAUUCUUAUCUAAAGUCUUUUUAAAAUCUUGGCGUUUGGCCCUCUUAGGACCCCAUCGUUGACUCCUUGGCGUCUUUGGCUUUAAAUAUACCUAGUUUUACUCGAAAUGUCAAAAAUUACUUUGACUGAAUACACGUUCUAAAUUAUUUAA